AUGUUGAGACUCACGAGAGGUAGCGAAGUGGAGGUGCUGAGCAAGAAGGUGGUUGAUGUACUCGGCGCGUGGGUUUGCGCAGAAGUCAUUAACUCGACUGCGUACACGUGCACUGUCAGGUAUGGUGGCGGCCACGACGGACUUGUGGAGGAGACAGUUCCAAGAGGAGACGUUAGACCUCUUCCGCCACCUUUUGAGGGCGCCGCUAACUUCAACGCCGGUGAUAUUGUGGAGUGCUGUCACAGCUUUUCUUGGAAAACCGCAAAAAUCUUGGUGGGUGUAACCGACAACAACUUCUUGGUUCGGCUCCUCGGAGUCUCCGAUGUCGGAUUCGUCGUCCACAAAUCUUUUCUCAGGGUCCGACAGCUCUGGACAGGCGCCGACUGGUAUGUUCUUGGAAAGAUUUCAACUUCCACACGCAAGAUGAAGAAAGAUAUUGAUUUGGAUGAUGAAGAUUCUGAUGGUAGUUAUAGUGGUUCUACUGCUACUGCCAUUGGGGAAGAAGCGUGCUCUGAUGAUGAUGAUUCUGAGAGGGUUGCGUCUAUUGCUACUGGGGAAGAAGAAGAAGAAGGCAAUGAGAGUGAAGAGUACUCUCUAUCAAGAUCCUCAACUACUAUAUUUGGAGCAUUGCUGCGGUCUACUUAA